AAUGAGUCUGGACUGUUUCGUCUAAAAGGUCACAAAGGUCAGAUCACGCAGUCCCUAUUCAUGCAGAAACACAACAUCCUUGUUACCAGUUCGAAGGAUACAUUCAUUAAAUUCUGGGACCUGGACACACAACAUUGUUUCAAAACUCUAGUGGGACAUAGGACUGAGGUGUGGGGGCUGAGCAUAGUACAGGGGGAGAGAUUGCUGGUGACGGGGUCAGCUGACAAUGAACUGAGACUGUGGCAAAUACAAUACAGAGGCGAGGAUGCAGUGAUAGCUCCAGCUAGUGUUAAAGAACAGAUCACUGGGGAUGAGGAAAAGAUGGAAGAAGAUGCUGAAGAUGAAGAGGAAGAAGACACAACAAGUGACAUAGCUGGAUGUGUUAACAUUGGUAGUGUAUUCAGACAUGGAAAGGACAGAGUG